CGCCUCACUCAGCGCACUCGGCGCUGCCCUUGCGGCCCACGACCUUGUGCCUCACUCUGUACUACACCAUGGCGGCAGUCAGCAAGCCAGACGUCGGGGACGAUGCCCUCCUCUCGAAGCUCCUCUCCCUACUUCCUCCUACCUCGUCGCUCGCCGACACGGCACGCUCGACCUCAUCCUCACCCGCCCACUCGCACCCUCGCCUCUCGGUCGUCCUCAACCCGCACGCCGGCGCCCGUCAAGCCGAGGCCUCGUGGCGCACCGCGGCGGCCUUGCUCCACGCUCGAGGACUCUCGGUCGACGAGGAGGCUGUGUCGAGGACAGAGCGGGCAGGGGACGGCGAGCGCAUCGGGCGGGAGCUGAGGCAGCGGUGGAGCGGCGACGGCGAGCGGGCUCAGGGGAGGGAGGUCCUCGUUGUCCUCGGUGGGGACGGAACGGUGCACGAGGUGCUCAACGGGCUGCUGCUCGUUGGCAGCGGCGGCAUCGGCGGCGGCGGGGAGGACGAUGACACGCUCUGGGAGGGAGCAGGUCGGGUCGAGGUCAUCCUCGUACCGGCCGGCACGGCCAACGCCCUGUACCACCACCUGUUCCCGCCCGAGUCGCCCUCGUACCCGCCCGACGCGCCCGCCGCGCCCUUCCACUCGCUCCUCUCCUUUCUCCGAUCCAUCUCGUCUCCUCCUUCGCCAUCCUCGACAUCGUCCUCGCCCGUACCGACGCUUCUCCCGCUCCCCCUCGCGCUCAACGCCCUCCCCUCGCCCUGCCCUCGCCGCACCCUCACGACCGUCGUCUCGUCCGCCGCGCUGCACGCAGCGCUCCUGCACGACGCCGAGGAGCUCCGCGCGACGCACCCGGGCGUCGAGCGCUUCAAGAUCGCCGCGAGGCAGAACGUCGACCGGUGGUGGGAGGGCGAGGUGCGGUUGAGCGGGCGGCUGCGCCGGUACGACCCGGCGACGAGGGCCUGGGUGCCGGCUGCCGGCUCACCUCGAGCUUCAAGCGGCGCCGUCGACGGCGCCACGGACGGCGACGGGGCGAGGACGGUCAUCGGCGGCCCGUUCGCCUACCUCGUCGCCGCCCUCGUGAGCCGCUUCGAGCCCUCGUUCGUCGUCGCGCCGUUCCGCUCCCCGUCGCACCCUCUCGCCCCGCACCCCGAGCGCGACGGCGGGCGACCGAGCAUCGACGUCGUCGCUAUCCGGCCCUUGCGGCACGCGCCGACGGCGGCGCUCGCGCGCGGCAGCGAGGAGGACCGGCGCAGGGCGAGGGAGGGCUUUGUCGAGCGCGUGUGGAGCGUCACGGGCGGCAUGUACGACGGUGGGAGUCACGUCGACGAGGUGUAUGGCGAGGGCGAGGCGGCGGAGGAGGAGGGAGCCGAGGGCCGGGCCGUGUGCGAGGUUUGGAGGGCCGAGCGCGUCGAGUGGGUCCCGGUCGCCAAGGACGACGACCUCAAGUCGCGCCUCGUGUGCCUCGAUGGUGUCCUGCACGACCUGGGCGCCUCGGGCGGCUCUCUGCGAGUGCGCGCAGUCGGCGGCGGAUUGUCGUCGGUCCGAGUAUGGACGUAGAUGUCCUUGGAGCAGGCCCUGUACUGCACUUGAUUGCGCAUGCAACUCGUUCGCGCGACUCAGAC